AGCGCGUGGGGAGGUGGCUCUGGGCACAGCCCGCCCGCUGCUAUUGGCGGUCCCCGAGGAGCGGCAGCGGCAGCGGGAGGGGCUGCGCCGCGCGGGGCGCUGUGGGAGCGCGGCAAGAUGGCGGACGCGUUUGGGGAUGAGCUUUUCAGCGUGUUUGAGGGGGACGCAGCCGGCGCCAGGAGCAAAGCGGGUGCCGCUGAGGCUGCCAGGAGGCCGGGAAAGCGGCCGGAGGACAAACCGUCGGUAGCGGCGCUGGGGAAGGCCAGAAGGGACGCUGAGGUCGACAGUACAGAAGGUGCGAUUUCGGGAAAGAAGCCGAAACUGGAAGAUGUCACGUCAGAAGAUAAUAAUCUGGCAGACCUGAUGCCACAUGUAAAGGUGCAAGCUGUGGAAACUGUUGAAGGCUGCACGCAUGAGGUUGCACUUCCAGCAGAUGAAGAGUUCACGGGGCUGAAGCCAAGAACUGGAAAACCUGCGAAAGAGUACCCAUUUAGUCUUGAUGCCUUUCAGAGAGAAGCUAUUCUGUGUGUAGAUAAUAACCAGUCUGUAUUGGUGUCAGCUCAUACAUCAGCUGGUAAAACUGUAUGUGCAGAGUAUGCAAUUGCCUUGGCUUUGAGAGAAAAACAGCGUGUGAUAUUUACAAGUCCAAUUAAAGCUUUGAGUAAUCAGAAAUACCGUGAGAUGUAUGAAGAGUUCCAGGACGUUGGUUUGAUGACAGGAGAUGUCACCAUUAAUCCUACAGCUUCUUGUCUAGUGAUGACAACAGAGAUCUUGAGAAGUAUGCUCUACAGAGGUUCUGAGGUUAUGCGAGAAGUUGCGUGGGUUAUUUUUGAUGAAAUCCAUUACAUGAGAGAUUCAGAACGUGGUGUGGUUUGGGAAGAGACAAUUAUUUUGCUCCCUGACAAUGUUCAUUAUGUGUUCCUUUCCGCAACUAUUCCGAAUGCUCGUCAGUUUGCUGAAUGGAUUUGCCAUCUUCACAAACAGCCUUGCCAUGUGAUAUAUACAGACUAUCGACCUACUCCACUGCAGCAUUAUAUAUUCCCAGCAGGAGGAGAUGGACUACGUCUUGUUGUUGAUGAAAAUGGAGAUUUCAGAGAGGAUAAUUUUAAUACAGCAAUGCAAGUGCUUAGAGAUGCAGGAGACUUAGCCAAAGGAGACCAGAAGGGCAGGAAAGGAGGAACAAAAGGCCCUUCCAAUGUAUUUAAGAUUGUGAAGAUGAUCAUGGAAAGGAAUUUCCAGCCUGUAAUCAUUUUCAGCUUCAGUAAAAAGGAUUGUGAAGCCUAUGCUCUUCAGAUGACAAAGUUAGAUUUCAAUACAGAUGAAGAAAAAAAGAUGGUUGAAGAAGUGUUCAAUAAUGCAAUUGACUGUCUGUCAGAUGAAGACAAAAAGCUUCCUCAGGUUGAGCAUGUACUUCCUCUUCUGAAGCGUGGAAUAGGUAUCCAUCAUGGCGGUCUGCUUCCUAUCUUAAAAGAAACCAUAGAAAUUCUUUUCUCAGAGGGCCUAAUAAAGGCCUUAUUUGCAACAGAAACUUUUGCUAUGGGAAUUAAUAUGCCAGCCAGGACUGUGCUGUUUACAAGUGCCUCCAAAUUUGAUGGGAAAGACUUCCGAUGGAUUUCGUCAGGUGAAUACAUUCAAAUGUCAGGUCGUGCAGGACGCCGAGGUAUGGAUGACAGAGGAAUAGUAAUUCUUAUGGUGGAUGAAAAAAUGAGUCCAACAAUUGGCAAGCAACUUUUAAAGGGUUCAGCUGAUCCCCUGAACAGUGCAUUCCACCUGACCUACAACAUGGUAUUGAACUUGCUUCGAGUAGAAGAAAUUAACCCCGAAUACAUGUUGGAAAAAUCAUUCUAUCAGUUUCAACAUUACAGAGCUAUUCCGGGAGUGGUUGAAAAGGUGAAUAAAUUGGAAGAACAGUACAACAAAAUAGUAAUUCCCAAUGAAGAAAAUGUGGUCAUAUACUACAAAAUCCGACAGCAGCUUGCAAAACUGGGUAAAGAGAUUGAAGAAUAUAUUCACAAGCCAAAAUAUUGCUUGCCCUUUCUGCAGCCAGGAAGACUGGUAAAGGUGAAAAAUGAAGAUGAUGACUUUGGAUGGGGAGUGGUUGUUAAUUUCUCAAAGAAAUCCAAUGUUAAGCCUAAUUCUGGUGAAUUGGACCCCUUAUAUGUAGUUGAAGUGCUACUGCACUGCAGCAAAGAGAGUCUGAAAAAUUCUGCUACUGAGGCUGCAAAGCCAGCAAGACCUGAUGAGAAAGGAGAGAUGCAGGUCGUUCCUGUUCUGGUACAUCUUCUCUCAGCCAUAAGCAGUGUCCGACUUUACAUACCGAAAGACCUGAGGCCUAUUGACAACAGGCAAAGCGUGCUGAAAUCUAUACAAGAAGUACAGAAGCGAUUUCCUGAUGGGGUACCGUUGUUAGAUCCUAUUGAUGACAUGGGUAUCAAAGAUCAAGGACUGAAAAAAGUAAUCCAGAAAGUAGAAGCAUUUGAGCAUAGGAUGUAUUCACAUCCUCUUCAUAAUGAUCCCAAUUUGGAAACUAUAUACAAACUUUGUGAAAGAAAAGCACAGAUUGCUAUGGAUAUUAAGGCAGCAAAGCGAGAAUUGAAAAAGGCCAGAACUGUCUUACAAAUGGAUGAACUCAAAUGCCGCAAGCGUGUUUUGAGAAGGCUGGGGUUUGCCACAUCUUCCGAUGUCAUUGAGAUGAAAGGACGUGUUGCUUGUGAAAUCAGCAGUGCUGAUGAACUUCUCCUGACAGAAAUGAUGUUUAAUGGUCUCUUCAAUGACUUAUCUGCAGAACAGGCAACUGCGCUGCUAAGCUGUUUUGUGUUUCAAGAGAACUCCAAUGAAAUGCCCAAACUGACAGAGCAGCUGGCGGGACCACUUCGACAAAUGCAGGAGUGUGCUAAAAGAAUCGCCAGGGUAUCAGCAGAAGCAAAACUGGAGAUUGAUGAAGAAAAUUACUUAAAUUCUUUCAGACCCAAUCUCAUGGAUGUUGUAUAUACGUGGGCAAAUGGAGCUAGCUUUGCUCACAUUUGCAAAAUGACUGAUGUCUUUGAAGGUAGCAUAAUUCGUUGUAUGAGAAGGCUGGAAGAAUUGCUUCGACAAAUGUGUCAGGCAGCAAAAGCCAUUGGAAACACAGAGCUGGAAAAUAAGUUUGCAGAGGGUAUUACAAAAAUCAAGAGAGAUAUUGUGUUUGCUGCAAGCCUUUACCUGUAACAAAGUUCAUCAGUUUCACAUGCCAUCUUGAGUCAAGACAUUGUUUUAAUCAUAUUUAAACCACAAUAAUUUCAACAAGGCAUGUACAAACAGCAGUGUAUGUAAUAAGAGUUACCACAUUCAUAAUAAAAAUUUACAAUUUGACUAUC